AUGUCUCAGAGAAUAGGUGUAGCAGCUUCUGCUCUUACUAGAGUAUGGCAUCAUGUUGAUGUUGCCGCUGAAAAUAGAACUUUGGGUCGUUUAGCAUCAAGUAUAGCAAUGGCAUUAAUGGGAAAACAUAAACCAACUUAUUCUCCAAAUAGAGAUCAUGGUGAUUACGUUGUGGUAACUAAUUGUUCUCAUUUAAAAGUAACUGGUAAUAAAAUGAAACAGAAAACUUAUUGGUCCCAUACUACACGUCCAGGUUCCUUGAAUUUAAUCCCUAUGGAAAGAAUGAUUGAUAAUAAAGGUCAUUCUGAAAUUUUAAAGAGAGCCGUCAAAGGUAUGAUACCUAAAAAUAGACAUAGAUUAGUAAGAAUGGAUAGAUUGAAACUCUAUGAUGGUGACGAACAUCCUUAUAAAGAGAAUUUGAUCGCAUUCGCUGAUGAAAUUCCAGAAAUGAGGGCCAAGCUUAAGGCCUUAGAAGAAAGUGAAGCUGAAAGAGAAAGACUCAGAAAACAAUAUUUUAGCGUCUAG